UCCGGGCCCGGUCACACUGCAGGGAACGAAGAUAAAAUCGUAUUUUUGUUUGUUAUUCAAUUGCGUUGCGUUGGAAGGAUCCAGAGAAAAGCUUUUGGAUAGAAACACCUCCCUUAACGGGUGCCAAAUUUGAUCCCUACAGUCAUUUCGCACCCGGUAGCGUGAAUCCUCCACGGGCCAAGACCAUGGAGCCGGUUUCACAGAUCCUUCGGCUCAACGACGACUGUCUGGACGAGAUUUUCGACCGCCUGCAGGACCUGCCAACCGAAGUGUCCUUUGCCAGGACGUGCCAGCGACUGCGACACAUCUGCCUAGCCAAGUGGCGUACAAGCCGUGCCUACGAGCAACUAGAUUUGGACAAGUGGCGGGAACUACUGCCGAACUACGAGGAUCUGGUAUACUUUCUCACCCAGAUGCGACCACACGUCAAGGAAAUGUGCGUCAGCAGCUGUCUGUGCGCCCUGCUCAAAGAUCUUGAUGAAAUGCAAAUCGCGGAACUGCCUCGGGUAACCAGCUUCUACUACGAUCCUGAGGACGUCGACUGCUAUCCCUCGAACCGAAGCAUUCGCAAACUGGCCCAGUUGCUGCCGGGAUUGAGAAAGCUACGACUCACCACGCCUAUUGAUGGGCGGUACCUGUCCCACUUCCAACAUCUGCAGGAGUUGCACCUGUACGAGGAUCAGCACAAGGCGUAUGAGCUGCAGCAGGAAUACCUGGAUGAGGUGUGCCACAAGCUAGAUGACCUUCGGGUUCUAGACAUUCGAACAUACGAUAUGAUCAGCAAACUGCAGCUGGGAAACUGUGUGCAGAGCCUCAGGAACCUUUCUGUUCUGAAGCUGAACCUGGCCACCUUAAAGCCCAUCCUGGGCGCCGUUCUAGAGUUGCCCUCUCUUAGACAACUGGUGGUGCUGCUGGACAACGAGUGGCACAUCCCCCCGCUGGUCAGUCCGGAUAGUUACGACCACAAGAUCCGCGAAGUGAGCGAGUUCUACGAGAUUAUGGAGCGCAAGGCCAAGGACAUUGUGGGCUUCGCCGUGGACGGCUACUACAUGCCCCUGGAACCGGGCUGGGAUGAGAAGCUGCCCAUUUGGACGCACCGGAGGCUGAGGCGCCUGGCCAUUUGCAGCUGGACACAUCCGGCCGACUACUUGGAGCGCUACACCUGUAUGAUAGACCUUCAGCUGCUCUGCCUUCGCAACUGGAACGAUCUGAGCGACGACACACUCCUCAAAUUUGUGGAACUCUGUCCAAGGCUGGAGCAUCUGGACGUAUCCUAUUGCCGCGACCUUACGCCAAAGUUUCUAACCCGCGCAUUGAGUGUCCUUAAGCAGCGAGAACCGUACAAACAGAAGCCAGGAUCCGGACGGAAUCCACCUCUAUUGCUCUAUUAUGAGCUAAGUGGUUUCGAGGAUUUCGUGGACAAAGCGAAUCUCAAAAGCUCUCCGGAAUAUCGGGGGUAUAUUGUUUUCACAGCCGAUUUUCCCGUCGACUCGGAACGGGGGCUUAGCUUCGUGGACCGCGGCUACCAAUUUGAAUUUGACUGCCCUUAAAUUUGUGAAUAUACAAACAUAGAUAUAUAUAAAUAUUUAUUAUUAAAAAUUAUGUUGCACAAAACCCAA